CAGCUGGAGUAAAUAGAGGCGGCGCUGCAGCAUGCGCUCGGACAGGGACACCGGCUGACACAUGAGCGCUCCCUUCAUCACUGCUCUGCUCCGCCCUGCGCCUUUGCGGACUCUGGGACGAGACACGGAUUGUAUGAGGUCGUGUGAUAUUGUAGUUGCUUUUGGUGGCCGAACUCGGCACUUGGUACUCCGAAACCACCUCUGAAGCCCACCGAGAGUUCUGAUACAGCCUGUGAAAGCCUCAGGUGCAAAGUUGGUCAGCGGCAGGCUGAAAGAGAUGAAGACGUUCGUCGUGUUCCUGGCAGCUCUGCUGCUCCCGACUAUCCACGCAGUAUGCCCAGAUAAGGAGCCAGGACUGCAACCAUGGAUGCCAGGACACAGUGAAGACCACCGUGUGACGAUCAGUUAUGGCAGGAAGGUCCUUCUCACAACUUCAGCUACUGUCCACUCUAUUGAGAUUCUCAGCGGAGGAAAGCUGGUGAUUGCUGACACCAACCGGCAUAUACUACUUCGGACAAAACACAUUCUGAUUGGGAACAAGGGGGAGCUGCACAUUGGAAGCCCAGACUGUCCUUAUAAAGGCAACCUCACCAUCUCGCUAUUUGGAAGACUGGAUGACAGCGAUGAGGAGCACAGCUACUUUGGGAGAAAGUACAUUGGCGUGGGGACAGGGGGGACACUAGAGAUUCACGGAGAAAGGAAGCUGUCCUGGACAUUCCUCAACAAGACCCUCCAUCCCAGAGAGAGCAGUCAAAACAACUAUCUGUUCCAAAGAAGCUGGGGGAAUCGAGGCAUCAUAAUCCACAUAAUUGACCCCAAGACAGGAGAGGUGCUGCAUGAUGACAGGUUUGACACGUACCGCAGCAAAAAUGAGAGUUAUCGCCUUGCAAAAUAUGUCGAUGGCAUAAAGCCUGGGCUCAUACUGGCGAUGAUGGUCAAUGACGAGGGCUCUAACAACUUGGAGGACUCCGCUAAGAAGAGUAUAUCCAAGCUUGGCAGCAAAUACAUCAGGAGUCUCGGCUUUCGGCAUCCCUGGACCUUUAUAGUGGCAAAAGGUGAUGUGGCUUCUGUUGUGGAGGACACUGCUGUCUAUCAAGGGACUAAGGAAUCUUCAGAGGCCCGGAGCGCUCGAGUUUUUCAGUCAAGUUUUGGGGAGCAUUUCACCGUCACUGCCAGCAGCCAGUGGGUCCAAGAGGCAGAGUGGUCAAAUUGGUUUGACAGGGAUGAUGAAAGGGGAUCUGGAGACUGGGAGAAAUUGUCUGAUCUGCAUAAGGCCUAUCCAGACCACCUAUGUAGCAGCCCGUUGGACAUUCAGGCUGAAACCCAUGACGGCAUUCCAUCCAACCAGACGGGAGAUGUGAUCCACAAGAAAGACAAGGACUAUGGCUUUGUCUGUCUCAACAAAGACCAGACUCAUGGCCUGUGUCACAACUACAGGGUCCGCUUCCUCUGUGGAAAACUAGUUCGUCCACAGGCCUCUGUUUCCAUCGACAUGAUGUCAAACAGCAGCAUCCUGGAGCUGGCUGACCAACCUGCAGGCUGGGGGCCUGGGGAUCGGGUGGUGGUGGCCAGUACAGACUACUCAAUGCACCAGGCUGAAGAGUUUACACUGUUGCCCUGUCCGACCUGCGCAUCCAACCAGUUGAAGGUCAGAGGUAAAGCCAAGUUUAUCCACAUGGGAGAGGAGGUGGAUGGGGUAGAUAUGAGGGCUGAGGUCGGCCUGCUGAGUCGUAAUAUCCUGCUUCGUGGUGAGAUGGAGCCCAGCUGCUAUGGCAAUGAGGCCUGCAAGUUCUUCAACUUUGACACUUUCGGGGGACAUUUGAAGGUGGAGCAUGGUUUUAGGGCAGUUCAUAUAUCUGGGAUGGAGCUGCAGCACAUGGGCCAGCAGACCAUGGGACACUAUCCUGUCCAUUUUCACAUGAAUGGAGAUGUGGAUGAGAGGGGAGGCUAUGACCCUCCAACGUCUGUCAGCGAUUUAUCCAUUCACCACUCUUUCUCCCGCUGCGUCACUAUCCAUGGCUCCAAUGGACUGAUGGUAAAGGAUGUGGUGGGAUAUGACACACUAGGCCACUGUUUUUUCACCGAGGAUGGUCCAGAAGAAAGGAAUACAUUUGAGCACUGUUUGGGUCUGAUGGUUCGAGCAGGGACCCUGCUGCCUUCAGACAGAGAUAGCAAAAUGUGUCGUGACAUCACUGAUGGAGCAUAUCCAGGAUAUGUGCCCAAUCCACGUCAAGAUUGCAGUGCAACUUCCACUUUCUGGAUUGCCAACCCUAAUAACAACCUCAUCAACUGUGCUGCUGCAGGCUCAGAGGAAACAGGCUUCUGGUUCAUUUUCCACCAUGUGCCCACAGGCCCCUCAGAGGGGUUAUACUCCCCUGGAUAUACAGAGCACACACCUAUGGGCCAGUUCACCAACAACAGAGCCCAUUCCAACUUCAGGGCUGGAAUGAUCCUUGAUAAUGGAGUUAAGACGACCCAGGCAAACAACAAGGACAAGAGACCCUUCCUGUCUCUGAUAGGAGCCAGGUAUGGCCCCCAUCAGGAUUCUGACCCGUUCAAACCUAGAGUCCCAGCUCUCAUCCACCACUUCAUUGCCUAUAAGAACCAGGACCAUGGAGCUUGGCUGAGAGGAGGGGAUGUGUGGCUAGAUGACUGCCAAUUUGCUGAUAAUGGCAUUGGCCUCACUUUAGCAAGUGGAGGGACAUUUCCAGAUGAUGACGGCUCUCGUCAGCAGGUGAAGAACUCACUUUUUGUGGGUGAAAGUGAUAAUCAUGGUAUGCCCUUGCCAGACAAGAGGAUUUGGGGCCCUGGGGGUUCUGAUCUUACUGACAGGACCCUGCCACGUGGCAUUGAUUUUCCAAUCCGGGGCAUGCAGAUCUACGAUGGGCCGAUCAAUGUACAGAACUGUACAUUUAGGAAAUACACGGCACUAGACGGAAGGCACACCAGUGCCUUUGGCUUCAGGCUCAACAAUUCAUGGCAGAGCUGCCCCAACAAUAAUGUCACCAACAUCACCUUUGAUCACGUACCUAUUACAUCUCGGGUGUUUUUUGGGGAGCCAGGUCCCUGGUUCAGUAAAAUGCAGAUGGACGGGGACAAGACGACCAUAUUCCAUGAUAUUGAUGGAUCAGUCAGUGAGUAUCCCGGAGCUUUCCUGGUUAAAGAAGACAACUGGCUGCUUCGUCACCCUGACUGCAUUGAUGUGCCUGACUGGAAGGGUGCUAUCUGCAGUGGGCACUAUGCACAGAUCUAUAUUCAAACACGAAACCCUGCCAACCUUAACAUGCAGAUAGUGAGGGAUGAAUAUCCCGAUCGACCCCUAACACUUGAAGGUGCCCUGGAGAAGAGGAAACAUUACCAGCAGUUCCAGCCAGUGGUCACCCUGGCCAAAGGUUAUACCAUCCACUGGGAUCAGGCGGCACCUGCUGAGGUCACCAUCUGGCUCAUCAACUUCAACAAGAAUGACUGGAUCAAUGUGGGCCUCUGCUAUCCACAAGGUACCACCUUCACAAUCCUGUCUGACAUCCACAAUCGGCUGACCAAACAAACCCGCAAGACUGGCGUCUUCAUGAGGACGACUCAGAAGGAGAAGAUCAACCACUCGCACUUGGCCAGAGGAUAUUACUACUGGGAAGAAGACACUGGCCUCCUCUUCCUGAAGGUGAAAGCCCACAAUCACAGAGAGACCUUUGCCUUCUGCUCUGUGAAGGGUUGUGAGAGGGUGAAGAUCACAGCAAUCAUACCAAAAGGCAGUCCACCCAGCAACUGCUUGGCUAAGGCGUACCCCAAACAUGCUGAGCUGCCCAUUGUCGAUGUUCCAAUGCCCAGAAAAAUUCCGACUGUCAGGCUGCACUCAUCAGAGCACUUCCUGGAGAUCAAACUGGAGUCCUACAACACCCGCUUCUUCCACAUCAAGGAGGACUUUGCCUUUACUGAGGUAAAUGGCAAGAAGUUGUACCAACCUGAAGAUGGAGUGCACCUGACAGUAAUUGAUGGGCAUGAUGGGAAGGUGGUGGACACGAAAGGCUUCAGGAAUUCCAUCCUCCAGGGAAUUCCUGCAGAGAUAAACAACUACAUCAGUGGACUGAGAGACAAUUCCAUUGUCCUCAUGACAUCCAAGGGUCGCCUGGUUACCAGAGGAUCCUGGACCAAAGUCCUGGGGAAACUUGGCGUAGAGAAAAGCGUCAAUUUGAAAGAUAAGCUGGCAUUUGUGGGCUUUAAGGGCUCCUUCCACCCUGACUGGGUCUAUCUGGAGGUGGACAGCGAACGAGCUAAGAUCCAUCAAGUUUUGCCCGUGCCUGUGAUCCACAAGAUGAAGUUAUGAGUGGCAGUCAGAGUGGGGAGGACGAGCCAAGUGACUAUUUGGCCCUGAGAUACUGACACACACACACACAACACCCCCACAAAAAUAACAUAAAUGCAAAGUCACACACACACGCACACUACAGUCAGUUGCUCCGAGCCACUGAUCCAGGAUCAUGUGGUGUUUAUUCUGCGUUUGAUUAUGAGAAAGUAUGAUGUGAAAGUAUGUGAAAGGUGGAGGCACCCCUCACAAAGCUAGCACUGCCCGUGAUGAACUGUCAGGUGAUAACACCCGCUCUGGCAGCCAUGUUAGCGGUCAGCUCAUGGCGGCAGUGGUUCAGAACAGCCAAUGGUGUCUACGCAAAUGUGGCUGUCUGUAGAAACUAUUAAUAGGUGAUGAUGGAUGAUGAUGGUCACUAUUGAAUCUUUUUUCUGACAGAACACUGCCAACAACAUUGAUUUGUUUACAUAAUGCUAGCUUGCUGGCUAAAGUCACCAUUGGAUUUUGCAAACCUGAUAGAUGUUAAGAGACCAACUGAAGUUAACCUCUAACAUUCACUCCUUUUUUAGGACGUUUUCCUGUACAAGAGGAAAAGCUCGUAACAGAGGCCAAAGUGCAUGUAUAAGAUUUCAUUGGAACAGCAACAGCUAACUAUUUCUGAAAACCUGCUUGUUCCAUACGGCUAAAGCACAACCAGACCCCAACUUUAAUCCUUAAAAGGUUUUUGGCACUUACCAAUUUUAAGACUAACAAUCAGUGUUUUGAUAUGUUUGCUCCCAGCAGCUGGGAUUGGCCCCUUUAACUAAAGGUCAUCAGGUCUUUGACACAACCAAAAAUCUUAAAUAAAUCUUUCACAGAUUUGAGCUUUAGCACAGAAAUCAGUGUUCAACCUGUAGUGAAAAAAAGUCUUAUUAUUUGCACUUGACAUUGAAAUGUUUAAAAAACAGCACAAAUUGUAGAUCACUGCUAAAACUAGCCACACCUGUGAGCAUUAUUUGGGCAUUGUGCUCACAUGUUAUUUCACCCAGCUAAAAUCUUUAAAUCUGACCCAACUGCAUGGAUUUAAUCGAAUAUGGCUGUGAGCUGCUAGAAUUGCUGUUCUAGGAGUCGUUUGGAACACAAACGCUAUGAACAAGUUCUUCUUUCACCAAAUGAUUGUUUCCCAUUUCAAAGACAGGACAACACGGGAUUCAAUACUAGUUUAAAUCACAACAGCAGCCACACUGACAGCACAUUGUCAUUAGACUAACAGACAAGCCAGUUUUUGAUCGGCACAUUUUGGUCUAGCAGCUGAACAGCAUGUUCCUUCCGAGGUUCGUGACUGCUUGCAAAAUAACUGGAAUUCAUUUCAUACUUGUUUGUAUGUGUCACUGGGACAGUUAAUGGUUGGAUAAGGAGAGCAGUAUACAAUUAACUGGUUACAAAGUUUUUCACAGAGCACUGAGACAGCACUCUG